CAAUUGUAAUUUUCUAGUAAAAUUAUUCUUGUAAAUUUUAAUUAUUAAUCUCGUUUAUUUGGAACGAGUUAACCUCAAAAUUAUGGAACAUACAUAACUGUAUGAGAGAGCAGAGGGACACCCAACGGGUGUUUCCCGAAAUAGACAUGAUUCACAACAGUACCGUGAUUCCAUUGAUAGUGGUUCAAUUGUGGUAUCAUAAUCGAAGAAUCGACAACAUUUUCUGUAUAAUAAACGAAUAACGAAAAAAAGUAGCCAACUAAUUACGUGUCAAAGAAACAACAACAAAGUUGCAAAAAGGAAGAAGGAAAAAAGAAAGAAAAAUCGUCCUUGUUGCGAGCAUUCGCAAUGGCCACUUUAUCUUUACGCAUCUCCAUUCCGGAGAAAAAUGCAACUAAGAUGAUGCAAUUCGAUCCAAGUACUUCGGUUUACGAUGCGUGCCGUAUAAUAAGAGAAAAAUUAGCAGAAGCCAGUAACAUGGGACAACCCAAAGAUUAUGGUCUUUUCUUUGCCGAUGAAGAUGUAAAAAAAGGUGUAUGGUUAGAACCAGGAAGAAAUCUCGAUUAUUAUAUCUUAAGAAACGGUGAUCUUUUGGAAUAUCGUCGUAAAUUACGGACCCUCAGAGUACGAAUGUUGGAUGGAACGUUGAAAACAUUAUUAGUUGAUGACAGUCAACCAGUCGCUAAUUUAAUGGUUGUUAUUUGCACAAAAAUUGGUAUUACGAACCACGACGAGUAUUCACUUGUACGCGAAUUGGUAGACGAAGAAACGGAAAAUCAAAAACCCGGUAACUUUGGUACACUGACGUUGAAAAGGAGAAAGGAGGACAAAGGUGAGAGAGAUGCCAAGAUGGAUCAAUUGAGGAAGAAACUUAAAACUGACGAUGAAGUUAAUUGGAUUGAUCCAAGUAAAACACUUCGCGAACAAGGUAUUGACGAAUCGGAAACCGUAUUAUUGAGAAGAAAAUUUUUCUUCUCCGAUCAAAACAUCGACAGUCGCGAUCCAUUGCAAUUGUCACUUUUAUACGUACAAGCUAGAGAUGCAAUUUUAGACGGUACUCAUCCUGUUACGCAAGAAAAGGCAUGCAUAUUCGCAGGAAUACAAUGCCAAAUACAAUUCGGUGAUCACAAGGAAGAUAAACACAAACCAGGUUUCUUGGAUUUAAAAGAAUUUUUACCGACAUCAUACGUCAAGGUUAAAGGUAUUGAAAAGAAGGUAUUUACCGAGCACAAAAAGCACGUUGGUUUGUCAGAACUUGAUGCCAAAGUUUUAUAUACGAAAACUGCCAGAUCAUUGAGUACUUAUGGUGUUACGUUUUUCUUGGUAAAAGAAAAGAUGAAGGGUAAAAAUAAACUCGUACCACGUUUGCUCGGUGUUACGAAAGAUUCAGUAUUACGAUUGGACGAAAAAACGAAAGAAAUUUUAAAAACAUGGCCAUUGACUACCGUCCGACGUUGGGGUGCUUCACCUAACACGUUCACCCUUGAUUUUGGGGAUUAUUCUGAUCAAUAUUACAGCGUACAAACUACAGAAGCUGAACAAAUAUUACAACUUAUCGCUGGUUACAUCGAUAUUAUAUUGAAGAAACAAAAGGGCAAAGACCAUUUUGGUAUCGAAGGAGAUGAAGGAUCAACUAUGGUUGAAGACAGCGUAUCACCACUGAAAGCAACAAUAAUGCAACACGAGACUAGCAACGUUGGAAAAGGAAACGUUGAAGCUGUUUCGGUAGCAAUUCCUGCAGUUAUAAGAGCCGGUGGAGAUGGGGCUCGACCAUAUGGGACUGGUCACAUGGGUGGAGCUCAAUAUACAACCGUCAGCGGACAAGUCAACAUCGCACAUGCACCACCAAUGGUACAGCAAACAAAAGUUACAUCCGUCCUGUCGGAACCACAACGUGCCUUACUUUCAACGAUAACCGCUGGUCACGAGGUGAUCAAUAUCGCAGAAACGGAAUUAUCUUCUAAAGCACAAUUACCGGAACUCGGUACAGAUCCAGCAUCCCUAAAAUGGAUCGAACAAACCAUAGAUACGCACAAACAAAACGUAGGAUCACAGAUAGCAGCAAUGAAUGCUGCUACGGCACAAGUUGUUACGUUGACCUCGGGCCCAGCUGAUGACGUUGAUCACACUGCAGUUGGUGCAGCUAUAACAACUAUAGCAACGAAUCUACCUGAAAUGACGAAAGGUGUAAGAAUGAUAGCUGCAUUGAUGGAUGACGAAUCGUCCGGAGAAAGAUUACUCGAUGCUGCGAGAAAAUUAUGUUCCGCGUUCUCUGAUCUACUCAAGGCAACAGAACCGGAAACUAAAGAGCCUUUCUACAUAACUUCUACUCUUUAUGGACAAUACCCAAGACAGAACUUGUUGAACGCUGCAUCUCGAGUUGGGGAGGCUUCUCAUCAAGUAUUGACGACCAUCGGCGAGGAAAACGAUUCAAAUCGCGAAUUACAAGAUAUGUUGUUGGCAUUGGCUAAAGCUGUAGCUAAUACUACUGCAGCAUUGGUAUUAAAAGCUAAAAACAUCGCGGCUACUUGCGAGGAUUCAGCUACUCAAAACAAAGUCAUAUCGGCUGCUACUCAAUGUGCAUUGGCUACCUCACAAUUGGUAGCUUGUGCGAAAGUAGUUGCACCAACUUUACACUCGCCCGCUUGUCAAACGCAAUUGAUGAAUGCUGUUAGAGAAGUAACGAAAGCUGUCGAAGGUUUGGUCGAAGUCUGCAACGAAACCUGCAACGAUGAAAACUUGUUGAAAGAAUUGAGUACAGCGGCAAGCGAAGUCAGUAGAACGUUGAACGAUCUUUUGAAUCAUAUUAAAACGGCAACUAGAGGAGAACGUGCCAAGGAAACCGUUCAAGAAGGUGCUGUUGAAACGAUUCUCGUAGCAACUGAUAAAUUAUUUGCUAGCACUGGUGAUGCCGGUGAAAUGGUCAGACAGGCUAGAGUUGUUGGCCAAGCUACAGCACAAUUGAUUCAAAGUAUCAAAGGUGAAGCUGAAAGACAAUCCGAUCCAGAACAACAGCGACGUCUUUUAGCAGCAGCCAAAAUUUUAGCCGACGCUACUGCAAAAAUGGUUGAAGCUGCUAGACAAUGUACAAGCAGUCCACACGAUGCUAAAAUGCAGGAUCAACUUAGACAAGCUGCCGAAGAAUUGAGAACGGCUACUACGGUAGCGGCAACUCCUGCAUUGCGUAGAAAAUUAAUCGUACGUUUGGAAGGUUGCGCUAAACAAGCGGCAUCAACUGCAACACAAUGCAUCGCUGCUGCUUCCGGUGCUGUACAUCACAAUACGAAUCACGCAAGUCAAGAAGAAUUAAAUGUCGAGUGUAGAUCUAUGGCACAACAUAUACCACAUUUAGUUGCUGGAGUAAAAGGUACUCAAGCUCAACCUGAUAAUCCUACCGCACAAUUAAAUCUCAUUAAUGCCGCGGAACAAUUUUUACAACCGGGCAGUGCCGUAAUUAAAGCUGCCAGAGCUGUCUUACCUACUGUCAACGAUCAAGCAUCGGCUAUGCAAUUGAAUCAUACAUCUCAACAAUUUGGUUCCUCCUUGGCUGACUUGAGAUCAGCUGUUACACGAGCCAGGGAAGCUUGCGGUGGAUUAGAAUUAGAUGCUGCUGAAGAAUUAAUAAAUAGUUUGAAGGAUGAAUUAAAAGAAUUUUAUCAAGCCGUAGAAGCUGCUUCCUUGAGACCAUUACCGGAAGAAACUACGGAAUCCACGGCAUUGCGACUUGGUUCGACUUCCAAGAAUGUCGGCUAUGCUAUGGCUCAACUUUUAUCAGCUGCAAAACAAGGAAACGAAAAUUAUACUGGAAGUGCUGCUAGAGAAACAGCCUCGGCAUUAAAAGAUCUUACGUAUGCCGUUCGUGGUGUUGCUGCAACGUCCAAUCAACCAGAAACACAAAAGAAAGUAUUAAUGACUGCGGACGAUGUCAUUUUCCGAUCACUGCAUCUCGUCCAAGAAGCCAGACGAGCAUUGAAAAAUCCAGAUAAUCCAGAAAAUAAAGCCAAUUUAGCUGCUGUUGCCAAAGAAGUGUCACACUCUUUGAACAAAUGCGUUUCUUGUCUACCAGGUCAGAGAGACGUAGACGAUGCAAUUCGUACGAUAGAUGACAUGAGUCAAGUUCUCAAUAUGAAUGAGUUCCCGCACACUGAUAAGAAUUAUGGACAAUUGCAAAGUGAUCUUAACAAUGCAGCUGCCAACUUGAACGAUGCCUCUUCGGACGUCGUCUCUUCGGUUCGUUCACCGGUACAAUUGGCAAGUUCUUCCAAACAAUUUUCUAAUGCCUUUGGAGAUCUAUUAGGUGUUGGUAUGGAAAUGGCAAGUCAAACCACCGUAGAAACUAGAAGCCAAAUGGUGGUUUCAUUGAAAAACGUUAGCAUGACAUCAAGCAAACUUCUGACAACAGCUAAAUCAGUAGCCGCCGAUCCUAGUGCACCAAAUGCAAAGAACCAACUUUCUGCUGCUGCUCGAGCGGUAACUGAUUCUAUUAAUUAUUUAGUUGAUGUGUGCACUUCAGCAGCACCAGGACAAAAUGAAUGCGAUAGCGCUAUCAGAAAUAUUCAAUCGAUGGCAUCACUUUUGGAUAAUCCUAGUGAGCCUAUUUCCGAUGCGUCUUAUUUCGAAUGUUUGGAAAUCGUCAUGGAAAAGAGUAAGAGUCUUGGGGACGGUAUGACAGGUAUCGCAAAUCAUGCUAAGAAAUCGGAACACGAACAGUUUUCCGUAGCUGUUAGAGGAGUCUCAUCAUCGAUUUGUGGAUUGAUCGAAGCUGCUGCUCAAGCGGCUUAUCUAGUUGGAGUUAGCGAUCCAACAUCGGUCGCUGGUAAACCUGGUUUAGUUGAUCAAGCACAAUUUCUCAGGGCUGCUCAAGCCAUUCAUACCGGUUGUCAGAGUCUCGGUAAUCCAACGAGUAGUCAACAACAAGUCGUAUCAGCUACUACGAUGAUAGCAAAACAUACCAGUGCACUGUGCAAUGCUUGUCGUCAAGCUUCCAGUAAAACCAGCAAUCCAGUUGCCAAACGUCACUUCGUACAAUCCGCAAAAGAUGUAGCUAACGCCACUGCUUCAUUGGUUAACGAAAUAAAAGCUCUCGAUCGUAAUUAUUCCGAGAUAAAUCGUGAAAAAUGUGCGGAAGCUGUUAAACCACUUUUGGAAGCUAUCGACAAUCUUUGCACGUUCGCGAGUUCACCGGAAUUCGCUAGUCAACCAGCUAAAAUAUCGAUUGCCGCUAGAGCAGCACAAGAACCUAUUACGAGUGCUGGAAAAGCUAUUAUCGAAGGCUCCUGCGCAAUGGUACAAGUUGCGAAAAGUUUGGCCAUAUCACCGAAAGAUCCUCCAACUUGGCAAUUAUUGGCCAACAACAGUAAGAACGUGAGCGAUUCGAUCAAGUCAUUAGUCGCAUCCAUACGUGACAAAGCACCGGGUCAAAAGGAAUGCGAGGCAGCGAUAGAAAAACUUUCGGCAAGAAUACGCGAAUUAGAUACCGCUUCUUUGAGCGCUGUUUCCCAAGCUUUAAUGCCAAGACGCGAUAACACCGUGCAAGGUUUCACCGAUCAAAUGGAAAGUAGCGCGAGCGAAUUACGUGAGAAAUUGGAACCGUUGCGCAACGCUGCGAAAUACGAAGCUGAAAAUGUUGGACAUUCCGUAAAUCAAGUUGCAUUGUAUUGCGAGCCCUUGGUAUCUUGUGCCAUUGGGGCCGCAUCAAAUAUGGUACAUUCGAAACAACAAAUGGUAUUACUAGACCAGACCAAAACCGUAGCUGAAUCGGCCUUACAAUUGAUAUACGUUACCAAAGAAUCUGGAGGAAAUCCAAAUGCAACUUCUCUUCACGCAGAAGUUGACGAAACUGUCGAAUCUAUGAAAGAUGCAUUACAUGAGUUACAAAACACAUUGGAAACUAUUUCAACAUCUAACGGAAUUGUAACAGGAUUGAUCGAUACUAUCUCACGAGCUAUGGUCAGACUGGAAGAUCAUAGAAUGUCUACCAUCGAUACAGUCGAUUCUUACGUUGAUUAUCAAACAAGAAUGGUCGAGGCUGCCAAAGAAAUUGCACGACUUGCCCAAGAAAUGUCGACAAAAUCAAGUACAGACGUAGCAAGAUUGGGACCACUUGCCGUUGACAUAUCUCACAAAUAUACGCAACUAGCGCGUGAUACUUCGGGUGCAUCGGCUGCUGCAUCAAAUGCUGACGUUUCUACCAGAUUAAGAACGGGUGUUCAAGAACUAGGACAGACCUGUAUUGAUAUCGUACGUGCCGCAGGAACUUGUCAAAUGUCUCUCGGUGAUGUAUACAUCCAACGUGAAGUAGCCGAGCACAGCAAGAUCGUUACGGAAAAAGUUUCUCAAGUGUUAGCUGCAUUACAAGCUGGUUCACGUGGUACACAAGCAUGCAUCAAUGCAGCUAGUACAGUAUCCGGUAUAAUCGGUGAUCUAGAUACAACCAUAAUGUUUGCUACUGCCGGAACUUUACAUGCUGAAAACGAAGGGGAUACUUUUGCCGAUCAUCGUGAAAAUAUCUUGAAAACUGCAAAAGCUUUGGUAGAAGAUACCAAAACAUUGGUUGCUGGUGCAGCUUCUUCUCAAGAACAACUUGCCGUAGCAGCACAAAAUUCAGUAUCUACGAUCGUUCAACUCGCAGAAGUUGUGAAAUAUGGUGCAGCGAGUCUUGGUAGUCAAAAUCCUGAAGCUCAGGUGAUGCUUAUCAACGCGGUCAAAGAUGUUGCAUCUGCGUUAGGUGAUCUGAUACACGCGACCAAAGCUGCAAGUGGUAAACCCAUCAACGAUCCCAGCAUGGCACAUUUAAAGGACUCCGCUAAGGUGAUGGUGACGAAUGUGACGUCAUUGUUGAAAACUGUUAAGGCUGUUGAAGAUGAACACACCAGAGGUACCCGUGCAUUGGAAUCAACGAUCGAAGCUAUUGCUCAAGAAAUUCGUGCAUUGAGUACUUCGGAGGGUCAAAGAAAUAGCGUAACACCUGAGGAAUUGGUACGUUGUACCAAAAGUAUUACAAUAUCAACGGCAAAGGCAGUGUCCGCUGGUAACAGUUGUAAACAAGACGACAUCAUAGCUGCCGCAAAUAUGGGCAGGAAGUCGAUAAGCGACAUGCUGAUGAUUUGCAAGGGGGCCGCCUACAACUGUGCGGAAACGGCCGAGUUAAGGGACAGAACACUUCAAGCUGGUCAUGACGUUGCUAUGAACUACAGAGAACUCCUUCAGGCAAUAUUACAAAUAGCAUCUAGAUCGGGAGAUGCUAAACAUACUUUACCACCGAUCUCACGUAAAAUUGCUCAAAGCGUCACGGAAUUGGUGGCCGUUGCUGAGUUAUUGAAAGGAAACGACUGGGUUGAUCCUGACGAUCCAACCGUAAUCGCUGAGAACGAAUUGUUGGGUGCUGCGGCCAGUAUCGACGCUGCUGCCAAGAAGUUAGCCAGUCUUAGACCGAGAAGAAGUAUCCAGGAAGCCAGCGAAGACAUGAAUUUCGAUGACAUGAUCUUAGAAGCGGCUAAAUCAAUAGCCGCAGCAACCUCGGCUUUGAUAAAAGCAGCAAGCGCUGCCCAAAGAGAAUUAAUAGCAACCGGAAAAGUAUCACGAACGCCAUUAACCAGUUCGGACGAUGGACAAUGGUCGGAAGGAUUAAUUUCUGCAGCAAGGAUGGUAGCUGCUGCUACACACAGUCUCGUUGAAUCUGCUAAUGCAUUGGUACAAGGUGUCAGUUCAGAAGAAAAAUUAAUUUCAAGUGCUAAACAAGUUGCAAGUAGCACCGCACAACUUUUGGUUGCUUGCAAGGUCAAAGCUGAUCCUGACAGCGAUAGUACGAAACGUUUGCAAGCUGCUGGAAAUGCGGUUAAACGGGCAACGGAUAAUUUAGUGCGUGCCGCGCAACAAGCUAUCCAACAAGAAGAGGAUAGAUCAUUGAUACUAAAUCGUAGAAUGGUUGGUGGUAUAGCACAAGAAAUUAAUGCAAGGUCAGAGGUUUUACGUAUCGAACGUGAACUCGAGGAAGCUAGGGGUAGACUCACUGCCAUCAGACAGGCUAAGUACAAAGGUUCUUCUCUCACGUAUAUUCAAGAACGAGAAAUUUCAUCAUACGAAAAGUGUACUCGUACAUUUGACAAAAAUUAUGUUGUGCAAAUGUAACCUCUCUCUUUUAACGUAUCACAUCAUUAUUCUCUUUUUUUUUUUUUUUUAACAUUUGAUCUAAAAACAAACAAACAUAUUUGACCAAUUUUUGUAUACCUGAGAUCAUAUGAGAAGUUAUAAUUAUUAUUAAACAAAAUACAUUAUAAAUUAUCUUUUAAUAUCGCGAAUUAACAAACUCUUAUUGGUAUCUUUAAAAAAAAGAAAAAAAAAAAAAAAAUGGGAGUUGUUGAUUAAAACAGAUUUAUAUUUAUUCCCAUUAAUGUUCUUUUAUUCCAAACAAACAUCUUUUUAUAUUAGAGAACUCUUUUAAUGAAACCUGUAACAU